AGAGAGAGAGCGAGAGAGAGAGCGAGCAUCAAGUCACCAGGAUAGGCUCCACCAUCCACACAGACUGUAAGGUACAAGUGCCACAAGGAGACUAUAUUCCGCUAAAAUAAUGGAUGGGACAAAGCCGGCCAUGGAGUCCAACGCGGAGGAGACUCAAGACGAAGGGCAGGAGAGCAAAGGAUGCUUCGAGUGCUGCAUCAAGUGUCUGGGCGGGGUGCCCUACGCCUCCCUGGUGGCUACCAUCCUCUGCUUUUCAGGCGUGGCUCUGUUCUGCGGUUGCGGCCACGUGGCACUGACCGGCACCCUGACCAUGCUGGAGAACCACUUCUCCAGGGUCACCAGCGACCACGCUACCCUCGCCAUGGUGAUCCAGAUCUUUCAGUACAUUAUCUACGGCAUCGCCUCUUUCUUCUUCGUCUACGCCAUCAUCCUGCUGGCUGAGGGCUUUUACACCACCAGCGCCAUCAAGAAGGAGCUGCAGAGUGACUUUAAGACUACCGUCUGUGGACGCUGCAUCACUGCCUUCUUCAUGUUCCUGACCUACAUCCUCGCUCUGGCCUUCCUCGCCAUCUUCGGCUUCACAGCGAUACCAGUUUUCCUCUUCUUCAACAUGUGGAAUACCUGUGCUGCCAUGAGGUCUCCUGACGCCAACAUUACCUCGCCCGACUCCAUCUGUGUGGACGUCCGGCAGUACGGUAUUAUUUCCUGGAACGCCACACCGGGAAAAGCUUGUGGAGCCACACUGGGAGACAUUUGUAACACCAGCGAGUUCUACCUGUCCUACCACCUCUACAUCGUUGCGUUCGCCGGCGCCGGUGCCACCGUCAUCGCAUUGAUCCACUACCUGAUGAUUUUGUCGGCCAACUGGGCCUACCUGAAGAGUGCCGUCUCCACGCACGAGUACCAGGACAUCAAGACCAAGGACGACCAGGAUCUGGAGGCCGAGGCACGCUCCAAGGAGGGCCAGAACUCCUCCUCCUACUCAUAAGGACAAGAGAUCCUCUCCCGCCACCACCACCCAUCUCCUCUCCACACCUCAACCCCCCCACCCUGCAACACCCAGCGCCCACCCCUCCCUCCGAUAAAAACAAACCACCUCGGUCAUGUUUUAUAGUCCCCCAGCCUCCUGAUUCUCCAUCCUCUUCCCCUCCACGAUGUUUAUUAAGAGUUGUGGGCUCACACCAGAGGGGAAGAGAAUAGAGGAUCAGGAGAAGCGACAGGCCCAGACGGAGGCAGAUGCUUCAGAAUGAGAGAGCUCGCCCGCCGGGGUCGAGCUCAGGUACGAUACAUCAGUUCAGAAGCGUCUCCUCCCCCGUGCUUUUGGGCGGCGACUCGUGAACGUGGCCCGGCUGUGAUGGCCUCGCACCCUGAGCCAGCACAGCCUCUCAACACACAGAUCCUAACAGCCUAAAAAAACAUUGUUCACUGUCUGCUUCAGCCACAGGGAAGCCAGGCAGCGACCAACUUCCUCUGUUUUUUUUUGGUGUUUUAUAUGCAUAUAUAUAUGAAUAUGAAUAUAUUGUGCGAAUGUGUACGAAUGUUGUUGUUUUUUUUAAUACUCUCUGAAAAGUAUGCCAGGUACUAUUAUGAUCUUUCUUCUUCUUCUUUAUGUUUUUGCGCUCAUAGGUUUUUUCUCCUUUACUUUCUCCUCCAUCUUAAACUUUUUAUUGCUAAUGCUCAAUACGUUGUUGCACUAUUACGAAACAAAAAAUUAGGGAGAACGAAAAUCCCUUAAAAAAAACAAAAACAAAGCACCCCAGCCCCUCCGCCCCCUCGCUCAUAGAAAUACCUAAAAGACUCAAAUCAUGUUGUAUCUCAAGGAUUAUUAGUGCAUUUACAUGACCAGAGUUUAUUUAUCCACCAAGGUAUUAACCAUUCAUUUAAGAUCAGAGGAGGUGUAGCAAACUUUUAUAAAAGGAUUAGUUAUGGGAAAUGCGCUUAUUCGCUUUCUUGCCGGGAGUUAGAUGAGAAAAUUGAGACCAACUUGAUAUUUAACGUACAACAUGAAUGUGGUCUCAAUCUUCUCAUCUAACUCUCAGCGAGAAAGCAGAUAAGCGUAUUUCCCAAAAAAUGUCAGACUAUUCCUUGUAAGACCUUUUUUCAGUUUUUGCUACACUCAUCACCAGCGGCAGCAGAAAUCAAAAUCUGUCUGGGUUUUUUAACACAGAAAAAAAAAGACACACACCUCAGGUAUCAAACCAAAUCUGAUUUUAGCCAGUUGUGUUCUUUUCCAAAGCUUCACCAUCUAAACAUUAAACCUACCGGAUUGGUACACUGUCCUGUGUGAAUUAUACAGUAAAAACCAGUUCUGUCAUUUUCUAAAAGUCCUCCUUUUGCCAAUGAAGUUCACCUGUAAAUAACUGACUCACCCUAAAAGAUCUCAAUUUACACCUCUCCCAACACAGGGAGAACACAGUCAGUGUUUUGCCAUACUCUUCUAUUAUUUUUUUCCACAGAUAUAUGUAAAUGUACCCUUUGAGAUAUGUGUUUAGCACUCAAAUACUAGUUCUGCAUUUGAUAUAAUAAUUGUAAUGUAACAUCUUUAAAUGAUAUGUCGUGAGAGGGAUACAGUGCAGCAGUGCAGUCAUGAUAUGAUAUGAUGGAUUGAGGUGCUUGUGACGUAUACAUUUUAAAAUGUGAAAAAAAAUAUGGAAAUUGAUUUUUAAUGUUUUAUCAGUUUUAGGCAGCUGAGUUCUUCUUGUGAUUCAGUAAUAAUGAUUUUAUUGAACUUGUUUGUGCUUAUUUUUGGAUGGCCAGCCAAAUGAGUGACUCAUCAACAUUGUUGAGUUGAGAAAAAUGUCACUUUUUUGAUUUUUUUUCCCUUUUGGUUUUAUUUUGAACAUCAUGCCUCUCAUAUGAGCCACAGAGACUGUUUUGGAUGUUUACACUCUGAAUAAAAACAAGUCAGGAAUUUUCAUACAUUAAUUUUAUAAUCAGAUAUUCUUUAAUAAUCAUGAACUAUAUUCUAUAUUGAUCAUCACUGGUUAGUUUACCCUAAAAGAAAAGAAAAAAAAACACUGAAGAAGACAAAUUUUUGAACUUUGAUGAGAUGAAGCAUGUCAGUAUUGUCCAUGUGUGCAGCUGUCUAUUCUGUAUAAAAAAGGACUAUAUUGCCAUGUGUGUUAUGUUUGAUAAAUAUACGUGCUUUGCUGGCAGGUUGAUGUAAAGGCAAACUUCAAUUUCCUAUAAGACGAUGCGUGUCAGGGUGUUGUUGUUUCCUCGUUAUUUGCAUGAAGGAGACAUGACUGUGUCUUUGCAGUUUUUCAGGUGAUGUGUAGUCAAUUGUACUGACAACUAUGGUAGGCGGUGUUUGCCCCCCUCCUCCACACUUCCCCCCCUUUCCACCUACUCUUUUCUAAAGAAAACUCCAUUGUACUUUGAUGGCAUUGUAGUCCCUGUAGGUGUUCAUUAUGGUUUUAUUUUUUAAGUUGGAAAUAGUUCUAUGACUCCUAUAUAGUGAUGAUUUUUGUAACCUUCUCUAGUAAAACCGAUAUUUUUUAUUAUCGUGA